CAGCUGUCCCGUGCAUGUCUCGCAGGCAGACCAGACCAACAGCGAUCAUGAGUGAAUGGUUGUGAUCCUUGCCAGCCAUGACUACAGCCCGGGACACGCGACCCUCCCUCAAUUGAUCUUGCCCACCCAAGAGCCAGCGUCGCUGCAACUCCGACUUUGCAGGCGGCCCCGCGACUCUCAAAACCCUAUAUCCACGCCGCUCACCCCAGCUCGCGGUAGCUCCCUAUCUAGCCAAGCUCGACUGGAGUCAGGCGCGGUGCUCAAGUGGCGUGAGCAGUGCCGGAUAGAGAAGAGCUCCCUUGAGCAGGGCUCCCGUCCGUGUCCCCCGAUCCCCAUUCCUAACCCGUCACCCCGCUUCCGCACAUCCUCUUCCUCCCUCAAUCCAUCCGAUAGCCCUGACCUGACGCCAUCCAUUUCGAAGCCUUUGAAAGAGCCAUCUACCACAACAGUCUCAGCUGCCCAGAUUCCAGAACAGCCCAUUGAGAGUGCACUGAAGCUCCAUCGCCCCCCCGCCAUCCUCCUCCGGGCCCCCAUUGUGCCUCAGCAGUACCGCACGCGGGCGACGACAGACUCGCUGAGCGAUUGACGACGACACAGGCUUCAGUCGGCCCAAGCACCUUUGGAGUCGUCAAUUCACGGCAUAGAUCUGGCCGCGCGCUCCUUCCAUUGACGCCUUGCAGCUAGCACAAUCAUCACUGCGGCUCAUAGCUCGUACGCGGAACAACCAAAGCCGAUUGAGCUUAAGCGGAUGUCAGCGAGCACACUUACCUAACCCGCAAACUUUCGCUGCGAGAGCUUCUCACUCGACAAGCCUUUCCAGAGCCGAUUGCCGUGCUUCUCGGCUCCCAUGUACUGAGCAGCCAAGCAAACAGUUCGGGGCCAGCAUUGUGGCACGCCAAGUCCUUUCGUGUGCUUCCCACGCACCGUGGCU